AUCACUGCCGCCAGUCUCCGGCUCGACUGUCAGCGGAGAGGGAAGGGGGCAUGGAGACCCGACUGAGUCGUGUUGGCCGCCGUCCCGCCCGCGGCCGCUGAUGCGGCUGCUUCGGGCCGGAAAGCAGCGUCCGUCCCGAAUUCGGUCCCCGGUGUGCCCACCAUCCGGCAGCUCCCCCGGAAACAGCAGCUGCGGGCCUCUGACGUUCCGCUGCCCGCUCUCUUCUGCCUGGCUGCCAGCCUGCGCUUGCUCUGCCGCCUUGGUUAGUCGGGCCUCCAGCUGCGGGAGCGGGAUGGAGGAGACUACUACUGCAGCGGUCGCAGCCCGAGGUGUGUCAGUGUCGGCGGAGGAGAGAGAGGCGUGGAUGGAGAAGGCGAUGCACAUGGCUAAAGAAGCCCUAGAAAAUGGAGAAGUUCCUGUUGGGUGCCUCAUGGUCUAUAACAAUGAAGUUCUGGCAAAGGGGAGGAAUGAAGUUAAUCAAACAAAAAAUGCUACACGACAUGCAGAGAUGGUAGCAAUUGAUCAGGUCCUAGAGUGGUGUCAUCAUUGUGGUAGAACUCCUACAGAAGUAUUUGAACACACCGUGUUAUAUGUCACUGUGGAGCCAUGUAUAAUGUGUGCUGCUGCCCUUCGCCUGAUGAAAAUCCCACUUGUUGUAUAUGGCUGCCAGAAUGAACGAUUUGGAGGUUGCGGCUCCGUUCUGGAUAUCGCCUCAGCAGACUUACCAAAUACUGGGACACCUUUCAAGUGCAUUCCUGGAUAUCGAGCUGAGGAAGCAGUGGAAAUGUUAAAGACCUUCUACAAACAAGAAAAUCCAAAUGCACCGAAAUCAAAAGUUCGGAAAAAGGAAGGUCAUAAAUGUUGAACUUCAUCUGAUAGAAGACCAAUCCUUAAUAGUGAUCUUGACAAAAUUCUUGGAAUGGAAGCAUUUAACAUGACUGAAUUACAUAUCUUAUGGUCCAUCCAUACCAGCCAACCUAAUGUUUCUCACAACUCCCUGUCAAUUGCAGUGGCUAUCCUCCAUUCCUGGAAUGAUCCUUCCUUACCUCUACCUCUCAGAAUACUUGGUUUCUUCAAGAUUCAGUUCAAGUACUAUCUUCAGCAGGAGGCCUUUCCUGGUUCUCCCAGCUAGAAGUGCCUUAACAUCUUAACAAAGGUUAUCUUGUACUUACGUUGUAUGUGUCAUAUUUAUAAAUAUAUACGUGCAUGUUGUACAUUGGAAUAUAAGCUUCUGGGACAGGG